GAUAAUUAUAAUUUAUAAUAAUUUUUUAAGGUUUAUAUGAUGCCGGGUUCUAUGCUAGUGCCCGUCCUUCGCAGGGGGACUGGGCUCAUUCAUCAUAUCAGAUGGGUGGGACAGAGAAAUUUAGAGAAAUGGGCGUGUCUAUACUCCAGCCUGAGCGGUUGGAUGCCCGAGUUUAACUAUUUAAAGUUUUAUCAUGGCCAGUUUUCUUGGUCUUUGUCACUUUUGUGAAUAUCAUGGACCAACAGUUGUUAUGCUGACACAGUCGCUGAGACAAGACAGGACGGAGGGAAUCUGUGCCGGCGACAGCUGUCCGCUGUUUACAUGUGAUGAAGAUGUUCUGGAACCUAUAGAAUUGACAGAUGAAUCUCUGUACGGAAGGAGAAUGAUACUGAGAGGAUUAAGAGAAGGAUCUGGACAGAGUGGGUGUAGUGGAUGCUGGUCCCUAGGUCCAGCAAGAGGAGCAAUAUUCUCAUCAGAUACCAGUUCAUCUACUUCAUACAUUAGUUCACAGAAUGGACUAGGUCCUGUAUCUAAACAAGCACGUGAUGCUGCAGUGAAAUCUAUAAGCUGUGAGGUUUUGCCAAACAAAACUGGUUCCAUGAUGUUUACAAACAACCAGGCGACGACGAUAAUGUCGGAGACAUUCUUCCUUAAGGACUCCACUGCGCGGGGGCUACAGCGCUACUUCAGUAUUAUACUUGGGAACAAGGAGAAGGGGUUCAUACUUAGAUCUUUCACAGAGAUUCAACAGAAACUUCGAGAAUUGAUACAAAUUUUGUGUGAGAAAUGUGAUUCUAACUUUAUUGUUGAAACCAAAGGAUCAAAUAGUAAAGAGUUUUGUGAGAAACGAUUUCGUAAAAGACACGAGAAUAAUGAACCCGCCAGGAACCUGUCGGAGCUGGUCUCCGAUCCUUCCUUAUUUCUCUUCAUCCAUAGACAUUUCUCUCGUCUGCUCAACCUCCUGGAGACAGGAACUACGGAGAAGGCAGUUGUCGGCCAACCUGUGAAAGUUAGUCCUGUUCUAGAGGAGACAAGGAUAUUAUCCUUCCUAAACAUUAUCAAUGGUUUGGAACCUAGUGCGGGACGGUUACUUAUCUUCUCUCUCCUAGCUGGAAGAACACUUGAGAUACGUAGCUCAACCAGAGAAGUUGGAAGAAGGAUUGCUGAUGCUUUGUCUCUAAUCCUGCCGAAUAACAAGACCAGGGACGUUACUUACUUCGCCAAUGUUGUUUUAACUCGUACUGAAGGAAACGGUUUCAAUCAGACGCUUGAAGUGAAUAAUCAAGGAUGUUUUUCCUUCACCAGUAUCCGGUGUAAGUGUGAAGAAAAUGUAGGCAAUUGUUCUGAAUGUUCGACCGUGAGCAAUAGCACUGCUGUUCAACGUAUGAUUAAUGUUGCUAAAUGUUGUGAAUUAAACAGUUGCACAGUGCAUACGAGCAUACUCGCUGCAGUUGAGGGUAUACUAGCUCACGCUAAGGUUUGGAAAAGGAUCGGAUCGGGGGCUGACAAGAGAACGUUUCUUCGACGUCUAGGGUUCGGAUUUUCUGAUGCAGAAAUAUUGAAUUUUUUUCAGAUCUUCAUUAGUUAGUCUUCCGCUUUAUACUAUAUAUAUAUUUAUUUUUGUAUAAUAAUAUCAACGCUUUCUACUCUGGUGCUCAGUAAUAAGAAAUAAUCAUGCAUAAAACAUGGAAUAUAUAUUUGUGAUUUAAUUUUUGCAAUGAACCAAUAUAUGAAUAAUUGUAUUGUUA